GAAUCCAUUUUUAUGUCGAACUCAUAUCUGAAUAUGAUGUAUUGAUUUAUAAAAUUUCCAGUUUAUAUAGCAUCUGCAAAUCUUUUACAAAUUUUCCAGAAGUUCGCUUUUAUAUAUGCGAUCUGCAUAUUUCGUAAAGGUAGAUCGGGUGAUAUUAUUUAAGUUGAAACAUUGAAGAUGUAAAAUUGUAUCUGGCUUGGCAAAUGCAAAGUAUGUGCAUGUAUUUGUAACUUAUGCCUGUUGAAUUGUAAUGUGAUGCCUCUUCAUCCCAUCUUGAUAGUAUUUAGUGCAUUGUGGGGUGUAUUAGUAAAGGUGAAGUGUCAACAAUAAAAUCUUAACCUUUGCUUGUACUCCGACCGUGUGCAUCUCUCGCCAGAAUCGUUUAUAUUUAUUUAUCCAUUGAAAUUGUGUCCCUUUUAAAAGGUAUCAAUAUCUUUCAUGAGGAGAAUGUUCUUGAAUGGUCAAAAGUGUAUUUAUAUCCAAAAUUGAUUAACCCAGCCAUUGAGACUUGUCUCUAUCAUUGUGUGUAUUGUUCAUUUAUAGAAGACUUGUAAAAAUAUUUGCGAUAUUUACACAAACAUUUGUCUGAAACGGGACCAAUGGAAGAUGAGCUAGAUUCCACAGUACCACCAUCGUCAACGCAAACGUCCAAUCAAAAAACUGACAGGUUGGACAUUGGCUCUGAUAAUGGUGGGAAAAUGACAUCAGAGAUGGAUGAUGGAGAUUUGGAAGAAGGGGAAAUUGAAUCAGAGGUGGAAAGUAUCAAAGAUGCUACAAGAGUACUAGAGUCAGAAAAGUGGCAGGAGACCGAGAACACAUCAGAAGCAAGUAACGCUCCAGUUGAAUCAGAUGGUGAAAUUGUGUCAGAAGCCGAGAUAAAUGAAGCUGAGGACAAAGCUUCAGUGCUUGAGGAAAGAGAAAUUGACAGGCAGGAAGAUAAACCGCAACCUCAAAAAGCAGCAAAGCGUCCCCAUGCUGUGCUUGAGGAAGAUAAAGAGGAAGACGAAUCAGAUGACGAAGUGCCAGCCAAGUUGCUGAGGGCAGAUAGUGCCGAGAAUAUUCCCAAGGAACCUGCAGAUGGAACUCAGGAAUUUGAGAUCAUUGAUGACCUGGGCGAUGCUGAAGGAGAUAAUGACAUGGGUGAUUUCUACAGUGAGGAUGACCUCGAAGACAGUGAAAUUUAUGCCUGGCUUGAUGAAGGCUUUGAACGACGUACCACUACAGACUGUCCUAUACAGAAAGAGAAGAUUGUUCUCACAGAGAGGGGAAACAAUCCAUUUGAGGUGCUACCAGAGGGUUGGGUUGUGAUCACCCAUAACAGCGGUAUGCCAGUCUACCUCCACAAAACAACAAGAGUGUGCACUUUGGCCCGUCCUUAUUUUCUCGGACCAGGCAGUGUCAGGAAACAUGACAUUCCCGUUAGUGCUGUUCCCUGCCUUCAGUACAGGAGAGAGCUACAUAAAGAGAAUUCCAAUACUCAGCAAUUCCAAGACCAACAACAGGGUACAACUGUCCGUAACGAUGAAAGUUCUGACAGGCAGACUGAAUCUGUGAAACCUGGGUCACAGUCCCAGGAAUCGAUGCCACCGCUUCCACCAACAGAACCAGUCGCUAAUGGUGGUAAUUCUCACAUGCAAUCAGAGUAUAUGGGUGAACGACCACCACUUCCAUCUGAACCAGUCCCUAAUGGUGAAAAUGCUGACAUGUCUAACGAAGCUGUGGAAUCGCAACCACCGCUACCUCCUGAACCCAUUGCUAAUGGUGAAGAUUCUGACAUGCAUACUGAACUAGUGAAAGCACCACCAGAACCAGUCUCCAAUGGUGAAACUAAUGGCACAGCUUCUACUGGAGAACAGGAGACGCCUCUUGUGACCACUGCAGAUGGGUCAGUGAUAGCCCCGCCCAUCAAGAUAGAAUACGCAGAGGAUAGAAAGAAACAAAAUACUGUAGAUCCUACUGAACUACGGGAAUAUUGUGAAAAGUUGUUUGAAUUCAGGACAAUCACAGUAAAAAAAUUCAAAACAUGGAAAGACAGAAGACGACACUUAAAUGCAAUUAGGUCACAGUCUCGCCCGGCCCUGCCGUCAACUACAAAGCUGAUAACUUGCAAAAUUCCACAAGUGAAAGGAGAUGAAAAACCUAAACUUAAAGAGUUUGUUUUGAAUCCAUUGGGGAAAUCCUAUGUGUGUAUUUUACAUGAAUAUGCACAGCACACACUCAGAAUCCAGCCAAGAUAUGUCUUCAAAGAAUUAGAGAAUGCCCAGAACCCGUACAGUGCCACAGUUGUUAUUGGUGAUAUUGAAUAUGGUACCGGUUAUUCAAGCAGCAAAAAGUCAGCCAAGAUGGCAGCAGCAAAAGAAACCCUGACAAUACUUAUCCCAGAAAUGAGCAAAGUCACAGAAGAGAUUAAUAAAGACGAGGACCUAUCGUUUUUUGAUGAGAUCAAGAUCGAGGACCCGCGUGUUUAUGAGCUAUGUAACAAAGUAGGGCAGCCCAGUCCCUACCAGAUCCUACAGGAGUGCCUCAGCAGAAACUAUGGAAUGGGAGACACAAACUGUAAAAUUGACGUCAAACCCCUAAAACACCAAAAGAGUGAAUACUCUCUAACUGUUGGGAAACGCACAGUCACAGUUGUAUGUAAAAAUAAGAGAGAAGGUAAACAGAGAGCAGCCCAGGCUAUCCUACAGGAGCUGCAUCCUCAUAUCACAAACCUGGGAUCCCUUCUUAGGCUGUACGGGCGAUCCUCAUGGAAAAAUCUCAAAGAAAAGAAGAGAGAAGAACAUUCCAUUACGGAACUCCAGUCACAAACCUGCUCAAAGAAACCUAAUACUGCUGUACUGGAUAAACUCAAGGAGGAAAUGGAGAAACUCUACAAACAAAAGGAAGCCAUCAAAAGUAAAGGCAAGCUAAGAGUGGAGAGUUCGGCUUUACCAGGAACUGUAACGAGUCUGGACUUAUGACGUGGACGCUCGUCUUAGGGACCAUUGUUAUUUAUCCACAGAGGGAAAACUGACGCAGGCAGACAACUACCUGUGUUUCUUUGUCCAUUUUGCCAUAUCCCCAUCGAACAAGAAUAUUUUAUUCGGUGAAAGAGCCCUGCUCACUGAUCAUUGCUUCUACUCCCAACAGAAUAGGAUUAUUUUUUACUUUAUAUAUAUUUUUCGCAAUUUAUUUGUGGUAGAUUUUGCUAGUUACUCGGUGCUUAUGUGUAGACAUUCCAGUAUACUCCUACAUACCUGCUGGUCGUCAAAUGUAGCCAAUUCGUACUUUCAGCUUUAGUUUUAUGUUGGAAACUAUAAUGUGAUGUAGUUAUGAUUCAGUUUUUAUGAAAAUAAUCACAAAAAUAUUAUCAAUGAAGAAUAAAAUUAAUCAAAAAAUAUUUGUGUGAAAGAGAUUGAAGAAAUAUUAUGCUUUUUUAUUUGAAAUCUUAAUUAUCUUCUGAUUUUUCUGUAGAAUCAUUUGACUGUAACAAAUUAUGGUGUAAUUGUAAGAUACUGCAUAUCAGAAAUUAUUAUUAAAUUAUGAUAAUUCAAUGUGAAUUUGUUUAAAUAUUAAGAAGAGUGUUUUUUUAUUUUUUUUUGUUUUUGACAUAUCAGAAAUGAUUUUCUAUACAUAGUCAAACUUUUUUACCUCCAAAUCUGAUAGCUCAAAGACCCUGAUUAACUCGGAAGUAAAAUUUCAGUUCAAACAGCUAAAAACUAUGUAAAGUAUACUCGGUUACCUGGAAUACUCGGUACAUGUAUAUCUCUCCGUGUUUUUACUUUUUUCAUGGCCCCUACUGACUUGAGAAAAUGAGGUUCGACUGGUAACCUACUUAUUUUACAGUGAUGUAAUUUAAGCAUUGUUCACACUGAAAUAUUUCUCUGAUUUAUGAUUGUGCUAAUCACACUUACUUCAUUUUGUUUUCUAGAGUGCAUCAAAGCGAGUAUGAAGUAUUAUCUGUUAAAUGCUAUUGAUAAGUUACUAUAAAUUGUGGAUUACGAUCCUCUUUUAAGUCAUUGUCCACCAUAUCUUCCAGGGCCUUCUGUCCAUUGUGAAAUGUAGCCCAUGAAUUAUGAAUCAACCAUUUCUGGUUGGCCAUGUAGUCUGUUUUCCUAUUGACAGGCGGGUUCCUGCUUAUUUUGAUUGAUAUUAAUUGUUAUUGUGAUAAACCAUUAUCAUAUUAUUAUUUUUUUGUGACCGUAAUUACAGUAUGCAACUCACAUAUUGAAAAAUAAAGUAAAAGGGUGUCGGUUUUGAGUUACUAUUAUCAAGUAGACCCUUGAGAGUAUGUUUUUGACUGCCCCAAUGAGAUCCGACUCUUGGGUUUGAAGGGACUUGUCUAUUUGACAUAUUUUUUGACCCUUCAUAUUUCUAAGAAAUAGUGAUUUGACUUCUGAAAUUGCUAAAAAUCAAGGUUCGACGGGAUGCACUGUAUUGCCUAUUAUACAAGGCAAGGUAAAACUGAAGAACCCUUGAAUUUGAAAGUAGACUAGUCCCAUAUUAUACAAUGCAACCAUUAGCCUCACAUCAUAAAUAUAUUAAAGAACUAUCACUAUUUCAAAUGGAAGGAAAACUGUUUAGAAAAAAGUUUCUAGAGAAGAAAAAAAACUAAAUCAUGCAUUG